AUGAAGAAACGGAGAAGGGAACGAGAAGCAUCCACAGCAAAAGAAGAGAGGCUUUUUUCAUCUAGUGUUUCUUCUCCUUCGGUUCAGAUGUGGGCUACUGCUGUUCUUCUGAUGGGUUGCGCUCAUUUUGGGUGUUUUUCUGCUUCUGCAGUAGCUGCUGCUGCGCGCUAUUAUGUGGGCAGGACAGCACUCUACGAUCAUGAAAACAAUUUGAUGGAUAGAAUCAACAAUUUACCAGUCGAGUUAUUGUGUCACAUCCUCUCUUUUCUUCCAACAAAACUCGUAUUCACAGCAACGGCAUUUUCCAAGAAGUGGACCCCACUCUGCUAUUCACUAUCAGCUCUAGACUUUCACGAUGAAACCUUCAAAGACUUAAAGACCUUCGACGGCUUCUGUCGUUUUGUCGACAAUUUCAUGUUCUCUCCUCUUUCAACCAACCAACCUCUCAAAUCGUUUCGCCUAAACUGUUUGUCUGGAAGAAAUGACAAGCGUGAUUGUGACAUCUUCAAUGCAUGGCUUGAAGCCGCAAAACAGCGUCAUGUUGAGGAAUUACAUCUAAAUCUGUAUUUCCAAACAUUGAAUCCCAUUAUUUUCAUCUCCCAAACUCUUGUUCAUCUCAAACUUGAGUUCAUACAACUUGCAAUUGAUACUUCGUGUGUUGAUCUUCCAUCGCUCAAAACAUUGCAUUUGAAAUCCGUUCAUUUUACAAAUCGGAAUGAUUACAUCAAUUUUCUUUCUGCUUGUCCUAUUCUGGAAGAUUUACAUGCUAAAUCUAUCUACAUUCAAAAUGCGAACAUUGCACAAGAAGAAGGGUUUAAAUCUUUGACAUUUCCCAGGUUGGUUAGAGUGAAUAUCAAUUCAACAGGGGAUCCGUUUUACGGCAUUGAUAAUGUUGAUUUACUAUUCACAGUCAGCGGAUCAAUAGCUCAAGAUACUAUUUUCAAAGUCAUUCCACUGUUUCCAAACUUAGUUCAUAUAGAACUAGUGUUUUGUCGUCGCUCACUUCAUUGUUGGGAUGGUGUAUUACAACUCCUCCGCCACUGUCCCAAGCUUCAAAUUCUUUCUAUUGGGAAGGUUUGA